CCCCCUGAUUGUAAGUGGUUGGAGGGUCUCUACGACGUCAUGAGAGGAGUGACUUAAAACAUGUUCUCUGCAAGCCAGAACUAUCAGGCAGUCUGCGUUUGCAGCGAGAAGACCACCAGCAUAGACACUCUACUACGAAAACAUAGAUUAGGUAUAUCGAUCUGUAGUAGUGCUGUCUGCCUUAAAGAAACAGAAACUGGUCAAAUUACAGUUUUGGCGGAAAAAAAUGAUGUCCGUAUUUAGAGAAAGGAAAAAGUCACUCUAAUUGCAGUAGUCUAUAUUGCUUUUUUGCUGUGGGAUUACUGAAGAACUUUGAAAAGUUGUGUUUUUUCGCUAGAGGAAAAGCAUUCUUCACUUCAAUUUAGAAGAAGGAAUCCUUCAUAAACACGCGCGCGUCCAGUAGUCUUUUCCACACCUCAGUAACUUCAGAGAAGAAACUCCCUCCAAGCCCCUCCUUCAGGUCUACCAUGGUGAACAGCCGGGUGGAGUCCUCGUCCGUGUCCGUGACCGGGGGCGGCUCAGCGCAGCGCUCGUGCGCCGGCUGCGGCGGCCGCAUCGCCGACCGCUUCCUGCUCUUCUCCAUGGAGCGCUACUGGCACACGCGCUGCCUCAAGUGCUCUUGCUGCCAGGCCCAGCUGGGGGAAAUCGGCACCACCUGCUACAGCAAAGGAGGCAUGAUCCUCUGCCGGAAUGAUUACAUCAGGCUCUUCGGUCACAGCGGAGCAUGUAGUGCGUGCGGGCAGUCCAUCCCUGCCAGCGAGAUGGUCAUGAGGGCACAAGGGAAUGUUUACCACCUCAAGUGCUUCACCUGUGCCACCUGCAGGAACCGCCUCGUUCCAGGCGACCGCUUCCACUACGUCAACGGCACCAUCUUCUGCGAGCACGACCGGCCAGGAGGAGCGCUCCUCAGCUCGCACCUCGCCCCUCUGCAGAGCAACACCCUCCUACCAGACCAGAAGGUGUGCUGAGGCGAGAAAAACAGGAAGUGCCUUUUCCUCAACCUUUCUUCUUCUCUCUCUCUCUCUCUCUCUUUCUCUCUCCCUCUAACCCCUCUCUCUUUCUCUCUCCUUUCUCUCCCUCUAUUUCUCCUCCACUACUCCUUCCAUGGUCUGGUCCAUGCCAUUCCCAAAGCCCCAGCCUCUCCCUGACAGCUCUGCUCUGUCUGUGAGUGUGGAAGAAGCCAUCGUCAGCUCCAUCAGCUUCAAAGUACUCACCCGACAGACGCUUCGAUGACUAGAGAUGAUGAGGAGAACACUAAUGUUGACGUCAGACAGACUGCAAUGACGUAGAAGUGGAUGUCGACCUCACUGACGACGACGUCGUUGGCGGCGAGUGGCUGUUUAUGCUGGGGCUCCGUAGGAAAUGUGUGGUGUCGAAGAAAACGGGCCUCUACGAUGCGAAGGACCCACCUCCCUCUGGACUCUGCCUUGCCAGAGAGCUGACACGGGAAUCUCAAUGUAGAAUGCUGGGAACACACACGGAAUGCAGUGUGGCUGUGUGUCGAGUUCGUUCGGAAGAGGUGAUCUGAGCUGCGACACAGAGUCUGGCUAAUGUGUUGAUGCUGGUGCGUUGCGCAGCACAGAUGAAAUGACUUUAUUCAUGUUGAGGGACACUGGUGCAAGGGGGGGGGGGGAGUUUCCUGUUUGUUCUUGAAAAGGGGUCCUCUGCUCUGCCUAGUCCUUAAAAUGCAUUUGACACGCCCAGAUUGUUGUUUUCCGAAUACGCAGAUGUGCCAUUUUGAAUUCCAAGAUUUCUUUUGGCCUUUCACCUAGAUGUUACCGUUUAAACUUUUAUAUGUUGAGGGUUCUUCUGAGGGUUAUCGUCCUCAAAACACUGAAUCAUUUGAAGAGCGCAUAAUUCAACCUCUUGUGCAGUUCUGCUUAAAGUGCAAGUACGUUCAUUUGCAUUAGAGAAGGUUUUUUUUUUUUUUUUUGUUUCUGUCGUGUAAGUGUAAGUUGAGGAUCACACUGAUUCAAACUGAUCAAAAGAGAACAGCGGGUUUGGGACGAGAGAGAAACAUGUACAUAGUUAUGUAAUAUUGUUCCUUGUGUUCUAUGGCAAGACAUUUGUCAUUGUGUGUGCUCAGUUCUACAGGCAGGGGUACAUUCUAUAUCAAAUAUCUAUAUAGGAAAAAAGUACUUAUUAUUAAAUGACUAUAAUCAUCUCUCCUGUGGUAUUUGUAAUAAAAUAUCAGUAUAUCUGA